ACAAUUCAUAACUGUAAUAGUAAGAUUAUAUCAGAAACAUGUUCAAUACUAGUUUAUAUGGGAAAUAUAAUUCUCCUUUUUAUUCAACUGCAAAAGAAGUUUUAUCUAAAUAUGGACAUCUUGUAAAUUGGCCAAAUAAACAGAGGAACCUUUCGGAAGUUAUGAACAUUUUGGAUGCUGGCUGUGGUGAAGGAACGGCAACGGUUACUUUUUUUCAAGAAUUUGUAAAAAAGAAUGUAGAAAAUUAUCGAAUAUUCGGGGUUGAUUUUUCUGAAUACAUGAUUUUAAAAGCAAAAGAAAAAUACAACGAUCAAAAGAGUUGUGAAUUUGAGCUAAUGGAUCUUUCGUUGGAACAUUUUCCAGAUAAAUAUAGAAAUAAAUUCGAUUUAAUUUAUUCCACGUAUUGUAUACAUUGGAUUAACACAACCUUUUGGAUUCAAAACUUUUAUAAAAUGUUAAAGCCAGCUGGACAAAUUUAUUUAAUUGCAGUGACUAAAAAUUCAGUUAUACAAACAUUUAAAACGGUAAAUCAACGUGAAAAGUUUUCUAAAUAUCAAGAUACUACAGCUUUUGAUAAUCAUUUUUUCACAAAAAUAAAUCUUGAUGAGUGGUUGAACGUUCUUCUUGUGGAAGCUGGGUAUAAAAAUAUUAACAUUCAGCAAAUUGAAGCAAAAGCUAGAUUUAUGAAUAAAGAGGUUUUUACUAUUUACAUAAAAAACUUUGACUGUUGUUAUAAUCAUAUUCCAACCAAUUUGGUUGAUGAUUAUGCCAAUGAGGUUAUUGAAGAACUUAUUCAAGAAUCUUCAAAACUUUACCCUUCAUCUUCUGAAAUAAUUCACUUAGUACCAAUUAUAUUAAUUUCAGCUGAAAAAUAGUAAGUUACAACAACAUUAAAUUAAUACCAAAAGUUAUAAGUUAUAAGUGUACCUACAUACAAUGAUAUGUAAUUAUGAAAAUAAAUUUUUUUUUCUUGGGUUAAGAA